UAGUACACACAUAUCAGCGUAGUGAUUGUACAAGUCAAAAAGAUAAAGACGAGCUUAGUAUGCCAGUUCGGAAUAUUUCAAUAGCAAUUACUUCAGACCGCUGAAAGUUCUCGAUUUUAUCACUUUACCUUCACUUUUGGCUGGCAUUUAUGGAACACACAUACUGGUGACAACAGUAUCACGACUAGACGAGUUGAUUUCUUAUCGUUAUAUUGUUGUUUUUCGUAUUCUUGACCUAUUCUUUAUGUUCUUCGGAUUACAACAGCCAGUAUUCGACUUUUUGGCACGUUAUGGUGCUUUCGGAUGUGGAACUGUUUUGCCAGCCAUAGAGACAUCAUUCUGUAAGUGA